UCUCCAGUACCAUGCCGUGCCAAGCUGUAUCAGCAAGCCAUUAUUCUUCACAAAAAGUUUGUUUCCGAGGGCAUUGCUCGACUCUUUUUGCCCAAGAGCUCGACCAGGGAGGUUCGCUCGCGCGCGCGUUGCCAUGGCAAUGCGGGACAAACACUGUCAAACGUAUCACGAGGAGAGCGAAGUUAUCAGCGAUCCUGCCCGUAUGUAUGACGAAACAGUGGAGGUUAACGCUAGGGAAGUCGAUAGUCCUUCUAGCUCUGACGAAGAAGUGGUUAAAGCGGCCAUGUCCAAGUUCAACCCCCCAGCGCGUCACACGGCGCGACACGAUUUCGAUUCAGAAAGCGAAAGCGAUUCGGACCCUGAGAAUGAGAAUUUUUUAAACAAUAUCAAGAGAGAUGCGAGUCCGGAACGGAAGGCGCCCGAGAAAGCUGAGCUAUCGAAGCAAUCUUCGAAGGAUGAGAGUUUCAAAGACCGGUCGGUCAGACCGACGACUAAAAGGGCGGAUUCUUCGGAAAAUUCAGAAAGUGACAGUGCAGAACUGGGACCGGACCGGCCUCUAGCCAGCGGAAAGAAGGGAACCGGCGUGGUGAUACCAGCAGAGGGGGCCUAUGACCCCAAGCAGUUCCAGGACCUGAAGGUGCCUGCUGACAUGGAGAACAUCUUCCAGUACAUCAUGAAAUACACGCCCCAGAAAAUCGACAUUGAGUUCAAGCUGCAGCCGUUUGUACCGGAGUACGUUCCAGCAGUAGGGGACAUAGAUGCGUUCCUCAAAGUUACCACGCCUGCGCGUGGGGUACGCGGCGAACCGCUCGACGAACAGUUCUUAGAACACAUCGACAACCUGGGACUAACGGUGUUGGACGAACCAGCGGCGGAGCAGAGCGAGUCAGCCUUGUUGCACCUGCAGUUGCGAGCGUUGUCUAAAACCAGCGCCAAGCCCACCGUGGUGACAAAGAAGCUGGAUAACGCUGAGAAAAAUGGCAAAGCGCUCGAUCGCUGGAUCAAAGACGUGAGCGAGUUACACCGAGCCAAGCCGCCGCCCACUGUCGCUUACUCACGGAAAAUGCCCGAUAUCGACACUCUAAUGGAGGAAUGGCCGGACAGCGUGGAACAAGCCCUCAACACCGUCGGCUUCCCGCCCGCCACCUUGGACUGUUUGCUGUCGCAGUACGCUGAGCUGGUGUGCGGCAUGUUCGACAUCCCGGUGGCGGGCGACACGCUGCAGGCGCGCGUGCAGGCGCUGCACCUGCUGUUUAGUCUGUACACGCACGUCAAGAACUCGCAGCUGUACGCCGAGAGGCAGAAUGAAGAGAAGGAGAGCGUCGGUUAACU